UGGGUAUUGUGGCAGGCACCACCUGUAGUCCCAGCUACUUAGGAGGCUGAGGCAAGAGGAUCACUUGAGCCAAAGAGUCUGAGGUGUCAGUGAGCUAUGCUGCUAUGACACUCUACCAAGGGUGGCAAAAUGAGACUCUCAAAAAAAAAAUGGAUGCUAAUAUAUUAUUUUAACAUAUUUUACUAUCAGUUAAAACUUCAUUAAUUUGGGAGGACACCAGAUUCAAUUCAUGUGAAUUGUAUGCUACUCUAUUUUUUCUUCAUGACCUCACUCCUCCCAUCCAUCUAAACACUCAUUACAAUAAAAUAACCUAAUAAAAAUAGUUAACCCUUACAGAGUGCUAUGUAUAUGCCAGGCCUUCAGAGAUGUUAAUGUAUUAACUCAUUUUAUUCUUAAAACAACCCUAUGAAGUAGAAACUACUAUGUAUUAUCUCCAUUUUGCAGAUGAGAAAACUGAAGUACAGAAAGGUUUACCCAAGGUCAUCCCAGAGAAUGGGGUGCAGAAUUCAUCUUUCAGUGAAACCUUUAGUAUCUCCUUAUUAUGGACAACUCUGUUGAAGGAUUAUGACAAAGAUGGCAAGAUAUCAUUUGCAGACUUUGAAAAAGCAGUGAGAGAAGAAAGACUUUUGUUGGAGGUGUUUGGACCAUGUUUACCAGAAACAAAGAAAUGUCUUGAUUUUGAAGCCGUGGCAUUCAGAAACAUCCUGACUUCUUGUUUUUGAAUGUGAACCAUUCAAUACUUGUAUGAAAAUCAGAAACAGAUCCUGG